AUGGAGUCGGAUGCCCUGGAGAGAGACAUGUGGCAUGUCUUACUGAGAUAUGGUUUGGACAGGAGAAAACUUGCAGUUUUCAGUUCAGAUGAAGCAUCAGCGAUUGCACAUCAGAUUUGCGAUGAUCUGGGUCUUAUUUGUGAGCAUGUUCAUGAGGAGAUUGUUUCAGGCUGGUUAGGUACUGUUUCUCAGUUGGAGCCUUAUCAGAAACGUCUACGUGGAGAACAUCAGCAUGACCCUUUGCAUGUUGGGAGCAUUUUGCAGUCCAGUUUCACAAGGAAAUCAACAGCGACAGGUUUGACCGGUGCCUUAGGCAGCUCAAACAGUGAUGCAAGUUGGGUUCCGAUUAGUAGGAGACAAAGGGUUACUGCUGAGCAGACGUUGGCAAAACAUAACCAUGAGGAGACUCAGAAGGAGAAAUGGGCAAAGGAACUCUAUUUGGAACUGUUAAAAAUUAAUGCACCUGUUUUGAAUGGUAUGGAAGUUUGUGUUAAUCAGGAACGCAUUCAUGUGGCUAUAGCUGGCAAGACACGUGCAAGCACUUUGAAGCGUUACGUCAAGGCUUGGAAGGACUGGCAGUCAUGGAAGCAUUUGACAUGGGGAGCUGAUUCUUUUGUACACCCUGGCAUGUUCUGUGAAUACCUUUUUACACGUUUCGAUGAACCCUGUGGUGCCACUAUUCCAAAUUUCAUUUGCAAAGCAGUUGCAUGGUUUGAGAAAACAGCUGGUUUGCCGGAGUCAGAAGUUGUUGCAACUACAAAGGCAGUUUGUCAGAUCAGGGAUUACAUAACUGAGAAGUUGGCAGCAGACACCCCGCCCAUUAGAAGGGCUCCACGGUAUCCGGCAGUGGCAGUCGAGUCCUUGGAGAUGGCUGUCAUGGACACGGAACAGACAGUUGGAUUCAGGGUCAUUGCAUGGGUGAAAUUGUUGAAGAUUUGGGGGGCACUUCGUUUUGAUGAUAUGCAGAAAAUCAAACCUGCUGAACUUCAUUUUACAGGUGAGAGACUUACGACAACACUCAGGGUAACAAAGACGUCAGGGCCUGGGAAGAGAGUACAGGAGUUGCCAGUCUGUAUCUCAGAGAAGGCUUUCAUCUGGGACAAAUCUUGGAUCUAUACUGGAUUUCAGUUGUUGAAGCAGCAUGCGGGUUUUGAGAGGGACUAUCUUUUGCCGAAGCUGACAGACAACUGGGCUGGUUUUCAGCGCAAGUUUGCAACAUAUCAGGAUGUCACUUCAUAUUCAUGCCGUUUGAGAAAGAAUCUGGUAGGACUGUAUGAUUUCAGUCCUGUUUUCCCUGAAGAACUGGCAUCUUUUUGGACGGAACACAGCGAGAGGGCAACACUGCCUACAGCCUUGGCUAUGCUUGGAGUCGAGACCUCAAAGCGUGAUCUGGUAGGCAGAUGGAAACCAGAUGCAAGUGAUACAUAUGUGCGGUCAUACAAUGGUUUGGUGUCUCAACUUCAAGGAUUGUAUGGAAAAGCAAUGAGGAAACCACAUCGUUUUAAAACUCUGGAUGAAAUUGAUGUAGCAGAGAGUGCAGAUGCAUGGCUUCCGAACAGAAAAACGGAGAUUGCUGAAGAGGAGCGCAGUGAACUGGUCAGCAAGUUAAUGUUGGCAAUGGAUUCUUUUGCAUCAGAUGGCACCUGGGAGCAUCCAGCAGAACAACCUCCUGAAGGAACCGAGGGGGACGUCUUGGAAGAGGUUCAGGCGCAUUUCUUCGAGAAUGGUGUGGUGACGGUGAACAAAUUUUCAUCCUUUUUCAGGGAUGAGCAGGAUUUGAUAGAGGUUUUGCGCACCGAGUUCAACAUCGAUGCAGCAGCUUCACUGGCAGAAAGGGCACAGGUGGCAUCGGUUAUUUGCUCAUGGAAAGAUACUCUUACAAAAGCCAAGCGACAAGCGGAGGUGGAAGCUGAGAUGAGUACAAGGGAAUGGACUAAACCCAUUCCAGUGGGAGACUACGUCCAACUCAGGAAUUUCUUCCAAACAACUGUUGGACACGUGGAAGAUCGAGUCAUGCCUUCGAAAGAAUACCUUGAGAAAAAGCUGCAAGAACUGGAAAAUGGUGAAUUUCGUGCAGAGACGCUUGCAGAAGUGGUUUCAAAGGAUGAAAUCGACCCGGACGUUUUAGUCCCGAUCUUCGACAGCAAAGGAAGCCUUUCAGUCAAGAAAGGAAGCACCAAUGUACCGCUUCCGACAGGGCCAGAGCAGCUUCGCAGGAGGCUAAACGUGAUGCAGAACUGUUUGAUGAUGUUGGCUCUCAAGCAUGUGAAUAGAGAAGAGAUACAAGAUGUUAGCAAAGAGGUCUUCGAUAAGUACAAGGACUACAUCUUGGGCGACUAUGUUUGGGGGCUCAGCUCAACGGAUCUGAAUGGUCAACAGAUUCAGACGCCACCAUGGAGCCUGGUAUUAUCAUAUGAGCAUGCAAUCAGAAAGCGGGCCUACACGUUGAUGCAGACGGAGAGGCUCAUGAUUGGGGCGGCUUUGGAAAAGGCAUGGAAAUGCCCUACCACGAAAGAGCGGCAUUUCAUUACACCGUUGGCACUGUAUUCAAAGAGAUCAUACACCCCGGGUACAAGCUCAACAAGCCCAGGGACAUGGAACCCGAAAGGAAAAGGAAAAGGCAAGAGCAAGACAAAGGGUCCACAGAAAGGAUCUGGACAGAGUCCCAAUGGUGAGAAGAUAUGCUACAGGUUCAAUGCGGGCAAGUGCAGUUAUCAGAAGUGCAAGUUUGCGCACCUUUGCAGCAAAUGUUUUGCAAAGGGCCACAACGCGUUGAAUUGCAAGGAGAAGCCAACGCCUGUAUGCAAGUUGGUACAAGACAUGGAUACAAUUGUCAUUUUUGAGAAUCCGGAGGAUCUAGGUGAAGAGGGCUGUAAACUGGUGAAAAACGAUGCCUUGUCAUCCCAACUGGUACAAUUGUGGUGCGACAGACUUCAUGGAGAAGGUUACAACACAGAGAACAUUCAACAUGUUGCGGAAAGGCAGCCCUUCAAAUUGCGACUGAUGGAAGCCUUACUGGAUAGGGCUGGGGACCCUGACCACAAAUUUCUUCUGCAGGGAGAAAGCGGCUAUCCGGUUGGGGUGUUACAUCCCCUACCAAGGACGCCACAUAUGUACGAGGAGCAGACUUCAUGGAAGCUGGAAGAUGACCCCUAUAUGAAAGCAGAGAUAUGGAGAAACAACUACGAUUCGGUGGGUGACCAUGAAGAAUUUGUAAGGGAACAUUUUGCAGAAGAGUGCAAAGAAGGCUUGAUGAAGAAACUAACUUUGGAACAAGCACAUGAGAGGUUUGGUUCGAAGGUGGCAAUUUCUUCGCUUGCAGUCUUGGUGGAGGAAUCUCAUGGAAAUAAGAAACGCAUCAUCCACGAUGCGACACACGGGACGAAGGUGAACAAUCGUAUCCGUUGCAGGGAUAAACAAAGGAGUCCUGGAGCUAGGGAGAAGAUGUAUUUGCUUGCGUAUUACAAAGCAAGGGGUGACAUUGUUUUCAGUCUGGUUGGGGAUAUCAGCAAAGCUCACCGACGUUUCCUACACGAACCUUCUGAAUGUGGGCUCUUGGCAUGCAGGGUCAAGAACGAUGACCCUUUUAUCUUCAUCAACAAGGUUGGAACCUUUGGCGUAGCAUCAGCAAGUUACUGGUGGGGAAGGAUAGCGGCGUCUGGUAUCCGCUUGACCCACGAAUUGCUUGGACCAGAGCGGCCUAUUGAGAUGCUCAUUUUCGCUGAUGAUUUGGAAUCGCUUGGAGCUGGGAUACAAGGUAGAAGGGGCAUAGUAUUAUCCUAUUUGUAUCUUGCAACUAUGGGCUUUCCUUUCAAAUGGAGCAAACAACGGGGUGGCUUGAAGGUGGAAUGGAUCGGUCUUUUUACCGAUUACACUACAAUGAGAUUGGGCCUGUCCGAAAGCAGAGCGGCUUGGAUGGAAAAUUGGACAAGAAAGAUGGCUCAGACAGGUCGCACAACAUCAAAGGAGAUGGAACAAGGACUUGGCCGAUUGGGCUUCGCAGCGAACGCCUUGACAUGGGAGAGGCCCUUCUUGGGGCCAUUAUAUGCCUGGUCUGCAGCAGUGAGGACAAAGAAAGGCCUCUUGAAGAUACCGGCAAUGUUACGUACAAUUUUUUGGUUUCUGGCUAAAAGAACUCGAGAUGGGGGCAGCCUACAAGAGCCAACUCCCAUCCGAACUGAUAAUGAAGCAGAUCUCGUUUUCUUUACAGAUGCAAAGGCUACAGAGCAGGGUGCUUGGAUAGGAGGCUUCUUGCAAUCAAAGGAAGGUAGCAUAAUUUCGUGGUUCUCAGAAGAGGUGCAAGAAAGCUGGGCACCGUGGCUUUUUGUUCGUAAAGACCCAAAGCGGGUAAUAGCAGCUUUGGAACUAUUGGCUACGUUGGUGGCUGUCAGACUUUGGGCAAAUGGACUACAGAGAGGUGGCAAGGGCCGGUGUUGGGUGAGAGCUGGUACAGAUAACCAAGGAAAUUCUUAUGCAGUCAGCCGGUUGAUGAGUACAAAAUAUCCACUCACGGUGCUGAUCAUGGAGCUCUCAGAGACCCUUCGUGCCCGGAAUUGCGAACUAGAUCUUCAAUGGAUUCCGAGAGAGAAAAACCAACUUGCAGACGAUUUGACAAAUCAGGUUUUCACGAAAUUUCCCAUGGAUUGCCGUGUGCAGUUUGUUGGUGGGGACACCAAAUGGUUGGUCCUCAGUGAACUUAUGGAAAAGGCCAAUGAGUUUCACAUGGAGCUGGCAGCGGAGAAGAAACGUAAGGUAGCCGAGCCGGUAAAGACAAGGAAGGCCAAAAAGCAAAAGCUUUUGGAGCCGUGGUGA